AUGUCUUCUAUGCGAAAUGCCGUUCAUCGACGGCAGCACCGCGAGCGUGGUCAGCUCGAAGGGCGAGAGAAAUGGGGUAUACUGGAGAAACACAAGGACUACUCUCUCCGUGCCAAAGAUUACAAUCAGAAACAACAAAAACUCCAACGUCUGCGCGAGAAGGCGCGCGACCGUAACCCCGACGAAUUCGCAUUUGGCAUGUUAUCGGACCGAAAUGCACAACAGGGUAAGCAUGGUGCGCGCGAUUCAGCAUCGCUCAGCCAUGAUACGGUGAAAUUACUCAAGACGCAGGACGCCGGUUAUCUGAGAACAGUUGGCGAGAGAGUGCGCAGAGAGAUGGAGCGGUUGGAAAGAGAGGUGCGAUUGCAGGACGGCAUGGAAAAGAUUCUGGGGGUGAAGGGGCCCUCGUCGAGGAACCAUGAGGAUAAGGAUGAGGAUGAUAUUCUUCUUGGUGGUGGUGGAAAUAAGAAACGGAAACUUGUCUUUGCGGAUAGUCGAGAAGAUCAGAAGAGACUUGGUCGGCAAAUUGAUUCUGAAGGAGAUGACGAGGAUGAUGAUCAGGAGGAGGUGGUGGUGGAGGAAGAUGAGGACAAAGAGAGCGAAUCGCUCGGAAAACAGCUACAAAAAUCAAAGCAACCGUCAAAGAGACAAAUAGAGGCUCAACGACAAGCUCAUUUACAACGACGUGCGGCCAAACGACUAAAACGACGAGCAGCAGAAAGUCGUCGCAAGAAAUUGGAAGCCCUCAGAAAACAAUAUACAGAAAUUACGGCCGCUGAGAGAGAACUUGAGUUGCAACGAGCCCGAAUGUCGAAUUCUAUCGGAGGCGUCAAUAAAAACGGUGUGAAAUGGAAAGUGAAGGAACGCAAGAGGUAG